AUGUACAAUCACAUCAAAGCACAAGAAGAUCCAGGCAUGCAUUCACACGAGGCAGAUUCAUGGAUAGAUCUCUCGUCACAACCGUCCUCCUCCUCGCUAGCCACUAACCAUGAUCGCGAUGAGAUCAUCACGACCGGAUUGCAGAUUCGCAGGGAUAAUGCCAGAAGAUCUCGACAACUUCGAAUUACAGGCCCGAGCGCUGCCAACCAGCCAGCUGCACGUUCUACCAGUGUCGCAGGCAGUAGUCAAGACGAAUAUACCGAGAGUGAAUCGGACAGUGACAAGGUGUUGAGCAGCUCUAACGAAGAUGUUUCAAACACCUCGAAUGCUGGAGAAGAAGAAGAAGAAGAAGACGAUACACGAACAGCACUCGGCGUGACCCAUGUCGAGAGGAACAUCUUCACACCUCAGCCGCACGCUUUCUCACAUCCUCCACAUGGAAGAACAGGACCCAUCUCAAGCUCUCAGCCCGUCGAUUCCUACUUUCCUCCGCAACAACCGCCGCCCUCGUCCUCACAUCGUCUCCCUUCCAAUCGUGUCCCGACCAUACAAAGACCAUCACAACAAAGGGUGAGCUCCAACAUUUCGCCUGAUCACGAUGCCGCUUUACGAGCCUCGCUCACCACACUACUCUCGUGCGCUAAUGCUGUUCGAAAGGAUCGUGACCAUGACCACCAACAGACUACUCGUCGUUCGAAUCAACCGACCACCCUCAGGCUAGUCCCGGAAUCUGAGAUGGACAACGAGAAUCGAGUGGUACCUCCAGCCUCUCCAAGGGUCUCUCCUAAGCGAAAAUCCCGUGAGUCGAGUAAAGAGCGGCAGGCGAAGAAGGUUCGAGCUGUCACAAAACAGACACCAACGCCUGAAGAGAUGUUGGUCAGUCCAACGAUGAUGACAUGGUUCAUUUCUGCCGGUGUCGUUCUUGUAUUUUCAGCCAUUUCUUUCAGUGCAGGUUAUGCUUGGGGCAAGGAAGUAGGUCAUCGCGAGGCUCAGGUUGGCCUCGAGGGAAUGAGUUGUGGCAGGGAGGCUAUCCGUGGUUUCCGAACCGGGUUGAGCAAGUUACGACUGACCACGGCAGGGGCUUAG